AUGUUUUGGGCUCUAACAAAAAUGAGUUUUGAGCAUCCCAAUAAAGUCCGCAAAGUCGACCACAACGGGUUCCGAAUGCGUCAAGUGUACGUAGACGCGAGAAACCUGUCUGCAUACCAAAAAUUAGGUGGUGAUAAGAACGCUGAAAACCUAUCUGAUCUGCCUUUAAAUAAGACGAUCAGAGAGGAAGAGGACGAUGCACAAUAUAUUUUAGAAGGCCCUCUUCGAAGACUCAAACCUUACUAUUUCACAUACAUGACGCACUGUAAACAGCGAUGGAUGGACCAGAACAUUUUAAAGGUGUUUUCACACGAAUUUAGAUUGCAUCCGGAAAGUUACUACAGAAAUGCUUUGGAAAAAGGCAGAGUGACAGUAAAUGAAAAAGUUGCUAACCCCGAUACAAUUCUCAGGAACGGAGAUUUAAUUGCCCAUAGAAUGCAUCGUCACGAGCCGCCAGUCACUUCACGUCCGAUCAAAAUUGUCUACCAAGAUGACGAGCUCCUUGUCAUUGAUAAACCUUCUGGACUUCCAGUUCAUCCAACUGGCCGUUAUCGUCAUAAUACUGUGACUUUUAUUUUAGAAAAAGAACACGGUAUCAAGGCACACCCUUGUAAUAGACUUGACAGACUGACCAGUGGAUUGAUGUUUUUGGGAAAGACGGCCGCAGGCGCAGAGAAGAUGGUCAAACAAAUGAGAGAACGUGAGGUCUCUAAACAGUAUAUUGCUAAAGUUGUUGGAGAAUUUCCACCAGGGGUUGAUAUUGUCUGCGAAGAGCCACUCAGAACCGUUGAUCCAAGGAUUGCGUUCAACAUUGUUGAUCGCGAAAACGGUAAGGAAGCCAAGACAUCGUUCAAGCGUCUCUCGUUUGACGGAGAAACAAGUUUGGUGCUCUGCAAACCGUUCACGGGUAGAACUCACCAAAUCAGGGUCCACCUCCAAUUUCUCGGAUAUCCUAUAGUGAACGACCCUCUUUACUCGUCUCCAAAGAUCUGGGGUGACAACCUGGGUAAAAACGGUGACUUCGACAUCAUUGAGAAAAGCGAGAAACUGUCCAAGAUUGGAAAGACCGAACCUGCUACCAGUUGGUUGCACCAAAACGAUAACGGUGAGAUCCAAUCUACAGGCAACUUUUGCGACGACUGCGGUGGCCAGCUUUAUUCCGACCCGGGUCCCAACGAUCUAGACCUCUACUUACAUGCCUACAAAUAUAGCUCGUCGCUGGAUGACGGGUGGUCGUACCAAACAGAGCUUCCGGAUUGGGCGUUGGAGUCACAGAAGAAAUACAUGUCAUUGGCCCUCGAACAGGCCGAGAAGUGCCCUCCACUGGACACAGCGUUCUGCGUGGGGGCAGUGAUCACAUGCGGGGGAAAAGUUCUCGCAACCGGUCACACCAGAGAGCUUGAAGGUAACACACAUGCGGAACAAUGUGCGUUGGAGAAAUACUUCAAGCAGACCGGCUCGCGGACGUUGCCUGAGGGUAGCGAGAUCUACACUACGAUGGAGCCUUGUAGUGAAAGAUUAAGCGGGAAUGAACCGUGUGCGGAUCGAAUUUUGAAGCUGGCCGACAAGAUCACCACCUGUUUUGUUGGUGUGUUGGAGCCGGACGAUUUCGUUGCCAACAACGUGUCUCGAAGAAAGCUAGAAACAGCAGGCAUUUCGUACAUCCAGGUGCCAGGAUUUGAGGAGAAAAGUCUCGCUGUUGCGAAGAAGGGACACGAGGUGUCUUGA